AUGGGCAAUUGCUUCGCUCCCAUAUCGCCCGAUUCGCCGGGUUCAGAGGACGAAACUCCCGCUCCUCCUGGUCCAUCAACAGGUAGAUCUCGAUCGAGUGAUAGACAACCUCGUCCAUCCACAUCUUCCAGAAACCCAUCUCAAGAUCGAAAUCGAAGGAAUUCACAAUCUCUUCGAAGACAACUUAGCACUUCCACUCGUCGGAAUCGGAAUGGUAAACAUUCCCGAUCCAGUAGUCUAUUCUCAAUGGGUGGACCAUCUUUAGAUGCUCUCCGAAAUUAUGCUACCUUAUCUAAUCCUCGUUCGUCAUUGGCACCGUCAAAAUUACUGAUAUCGAAUAAGAAUACAAUAGCGAUAUUUGAUUCUUACCCUAAAGCGAAAUAUCAUUUUUUGAUCUUACCUCGUUAUCCAUUCCCACCUCAAUCCGAUCCCGACUCGAAAGAAUCUAUCAUACCUUUAAAUGCAUUGGACGACUUGAAGAGUCUAUUACUUUCUCAGAACAGACAAGGAAGAGAUGAAGUUAUGAGAGCCUUGUAUAAUACUGCGUUGGAAGUUGAGGAAAUGAUUAAAGAUGAAAUGUUGAAAACGGAGGGAUUUGAGUGGAAGGUUGAUAUGGGAUUUCAUGCUAUACCUUCAAUGAAACAUAUACAUUUACAUGUGAUUUCGGAUGAUAGGAUAUCACCAUCUUUGAAAACUAAAAAACAUCAUAAUUCAUUUCGACCCGAUUUGGGGUUUUUCAUUCCAAUCAUGGAGGUGCAGAGAUGGUUAGAGGAUGAUUCGAAUAUCCAAGAGAGAGUUGAGGCUUUGGCCGAUGCCGAAAGAUUACUCAACACACCUCUAACAUGCCACAAAUGCGAUGAGUUCAUCACCAAUAUACCCAAACUCAAGACUCACCUGGAGAAACAUUUCGUGGAUGAACGUGCGUCCGCCUUGAGACAUAUCGCAAGGCAUGGUAGACAGAGGAGUAGCGAUGAAGAUAUGUUCUAG